AUGGCUGUACUUUUCUCUCUGCCUACUACUGUAGCAGCACCACCGGUGGCAAGUUCUAGUCCUGCCGUGGCCGAACCGCAGAAAGUCGAUUACAUGAACCUUCAUUGCCCAAUUCCCUACGAGGAGAUUCACCGCGAAGCUCUCAAUGCUGGUGGAGGUAGAGGAUUGGGAGGAGGUGCAGACGGAGGUGGUUGUGGAGUAGGUGGUGGUAUAGGUAGUGGAGCUGGUUCAGCUGGAGGCUUUGGUGCUGGUGGUGGCCUCCACGGCAUGUAUUGUCAUCCAAAGAGGAGGCACAAGCAAGUAGUCUUGUCAAUUUUGACACCAUUGAGAUUUUAG